AUGGCGGUUGUUGAUACCACAACCCGUAAAAGGGUUCUCAGGGUGAUAUUCAUCUCCCUGCUGUUGGAUCUGAUAUCUUUCACCUUCAUCCUCCCACUGUUCCCGAAGCUGCUCGAGUUCUACCGAAAUAGCGAGGCGCCGACCGGUUUGCUAGACAAGCGACCCCGUACCCUCCUGUCGAACGUCUUGGAUUAUCUCAAUGCCUACAAGGCCGCGUUUGCGCGCCCCAUCGACUCACGAUAUGACAUUGUACUGCUUGGUGGAGCUCUGGGGAGCUUGUUUUCUCUGCUCCAAGCUAUUGCAUCGCCCAUCAUCGGCCAACUCUCAGACCGCUACGGCCGCCGAACCGCACUUCUCUCCAGCAUGAUGGGCAACAUUCUUUCCGUGCUGCUCUGGGUCAUGGCAGUCGACUUCCGCACCUUUCUCCUGUCGCGAGUCGUCGGCGGCCUGUCAGAAGGCAACGUGCAACUUGCGACCGCCAUCGCCACCGACAUAUCCGACGAGAGCAGCCGAGGCUCUACGAUGGCCCUUAUCGGUGCCUGCUUCUCCAUUGCCUUUACGUUCGGCCCCGCACUCGGCGCAUACCUUAGUUCUAUUCCCUUGGUGGCGGCAAACCCGUUUGCGACUGCUGCGGGAUUUUCGCUCUUCCUGAUCGUAACCGAGACGAUAUACCUGUAUGCUGCACUUCCCGAGACUCUGCCGGCUCUCACCCAGACCAAUAAGAGCGCGGGCGCCAAGGGAAACAACACUACAGCCAAGCCCAAGGUUGCCGUCAGGACCAACUCGCACUUGAUGCUGAAUGCCACACAUCUCUUCUUCCUGCUCUUCUUCUCCGGCAUGGAGUUCUCGCUGCCCUUCAUGACCUACGACCUCUUCGGCUACACCUCGGCCAAGAACGGGCGCCUGCUCGGCUACAUUGGCCUGGUGGCCUCGAUACUGCAGGGCGGCGUCACGCGCCGGCUGCCGCCGCUCCUCACCGUCCGCGUCGGUGUCGUGGCCUGCCUGCUGGCUUUUGGAAUCCUCAGCCGCGCGUCGUCCGUGACGGCACUCUACGUCGCGGCUACGUGCCUGGCCACGACCUCAGCUACCGUCGUCACGGGCCUCAACACGCUCAGCAGCCUUGAAGCCGGCGAGGCGGAGCGCGGUGGCAAGCUGGGCAAUCUGCGCAGCUGGGGUCAGCUCGGCAGGGGGCUGGGGCCUGUUCUCUUCACGAGCAUCUACUGGUGGGCCGGGCGCGAGACGGCCUACACGAUCGGUGCCCUGGGCAUCGCGGGCGUCAGCGCUGGUGUGUUUAUGGGGCUGAAGUCGCCCCCUGGGUCCGAGAGGACAGGCGCGAGCAGGGGCAAGAGCGGUGAUGGGGAGAAGAAGGACUUGUAA